AAUCAACACAACACAACACCGACGGACGAGGAUGAUUAUCGCUUUUUUAUCAGCAGUUGUUGAGUGAAAAUAAACACAAACACACUGUGCCGCGUCACAAAGAAUAUUUUCUGAUCGAGGCCAGACGCUGUAAUACGCAUUUUAUAGUUUAGUACGUGGUCAGUUCCCUGUUCGACUCGGGAUGAAAUCCGAACGUACAAUCCGAGCAACGGCCUCGUCGCUGUUGAUACUAUUUUCACUGCUUUUGCUUCGGUUGGUCAAUGGCCAAGUGUUCUACUACCAACCGGAGCAGGUUCAUCUGGCCUUCGGUGAAACGACCGACGAAAUAGUGGUCACCUGGAGUACCAUGACGGCAACAAAUGAGUCGAUUGUAGAGUACGGAAUUGGUGGAUUGAUAUUACGAGCAACCGGAACGGAGCAAAAGUUCGUCGACGGGGGCUCGCAGCGACACACUCAAUACAUACACCGAGUGGUGCUGAAAGACCUGCAGCCCUUGUCCCGGUACGAGUAUCACUGUGGCAGUACGGUGGGCUGGUCAGCAGAGUUUUACUUUCAUACCGUUCCGAAGGGGGCGGAUUGGUCUCCUUCGUUGGCUAUAUUCGGCGAUAUGGGAAAUGAGAAUGCACAGUCGAUGGCCCGAUUGCAGGAGGACACUCAGCGGCACAUGUACGAUGCAAUCCUGCACGUAGGAGACUUUGCGUACGAUAUGAACUCGGAAAAUGCUCUGGUCGGGGACCAGUUCAUGAAUCAGAUCCAGUCGAUUGCAGCUUACACGCCGUAUAUGGUGUGCGCUGGCAAUCACGAGGAAAAAUACAAUUUCUCCAAUUAUCGUGCACGCUUCAGCAUGCCGGGUGGCACCGAGAGCAUGAUGUACAGCUUCAACCUGGGACCGGUGCAUUUCAUCGGAUUUAGUACGGAGGUGUACUAUUUCAUGAACUACGGUUUGAAAGCGUUGGUCAACCAGUACGAGUGGCUCCGGCGCGAUCUGGAGGAAGCGAAUCGGCCGGAGAACCGUGCCGAGCGACCGUGGAUAGUGACCUACGGUCACCGGCCGAUGUACUGCAGCAAUGAUAACGAUAACGAUUGCACCCACAGUGAAACGCUGGUGCGCGUGGGACUUCCCUUCACGCACUGGUUUGGCCUGGAGGACCUGUUCUACGAGUACGGCGUUGAUGUGGAGAUUUGGGCGCAUGAGCACUCGUACGAGCGGUUGUGGCCCAUCUACGACUACAAGGUAUAUAAUGGUUCCCACGAAGAGCCAUACCGCAAUCCGCGGGCUCCGGUGCAUUUGGUGACGGGAUCCGCCGGCUGUAAGGAAGGUCGCGAACCGUUCAUCCGCAAGAUUCCCGAAUGGAGUGCCAUUCACAGCCGUGACUACGGCUACACCCGGAUGAAGGCAUACAACCGAACGCAUCUUUACUUCGAGCAAAUUUCGGUGGACAAAGAAGGAGCGGUCAUCGAUCAGUUUACCAUUAUCAAAGACAGACACAUUCCGUACAAGCAACUGUUGCGUGACGAAACCGAAGAGGACUAGAGGAAGCAAGAUAGAUCAGUGUUUGACAAUUAAAAAAGAUGAAUCUUUAUAUUUUUACUAUGAAAGACGUUACUUUUAGCUUAGUAUCUAGGUAAUCUGAAUUGUGUGCUGUUUCGGUAGUUACCAAUGUGAUAGGAAUGCUAUAUUUCGUGCUUAUUUACUGCAAUUACACGCAAAUUACAUAGAUUAUCACAGAUUCGUGUAAUAAUUGUUCAUUAAGCUUAGCACCUAAUGGCAUACCUACAUUAAUUUAUCGGUCGCAUAUUCUACGUCGUUUCUAAAUUGACAGUAAUUUAGGAGUUGGAAACCAUGGUAUUUUGGGCAAUGUAAAGUUGGCACAUGCAUUUUCAAGUGGAGUCUCGG